AUGCGUUCAAUUCUAUUCAUCGCCAGCUGCCUAGCAGCAAGCUCAACCGCCGCCCCCGCCUUCAAAAACCUCUACAACUUCUCCAACGACAUGUCCGAAUUCCUCGGCCGCGUGAGCCAGGCCAUCCACGGCGACAUCAACGCCCUAACCUGCGACCCCUCCUCCAUCACCCUCCCCUCCUUCGCCUCGGGCCUCCCAGCCCCCACAGGCCAAAAACCCCUCUACGUCGCACUGGGCCGCGGCACCCAGAACUACACCUGCACCUCCUCAACCUCCUCCUCAACCCCCGUCGCCGCCGGCGCCGUCGCCCGCCUCUACAACGCAACUUGCCUCGCCGCAGCCCUGCCCGCCGCAAUCGAGCUCCUCCCCGCCCUAGCCUACAAGCUCACCCUCCCAAGCAACGAAUACGACCCGCUCCCGCCCUCAAACUUCAACCUGAUCGGCCACCACUUCUUCGAGGGCAAAGUCCCAGUCUUUAACCUGGACACCACGCCGUCGCGUCAGCUGGGGAUCGCAAAGGUCAAGAAAGAGGCGGACCUUGCGGCGCCGAGCUCGGCGGUGCGCGGGAGCGACGAUGAGGCUGCCGUCGCGUGGCUUUAUCUUUCGCGGACGAAUGGGACCAUAGGGAAAUAUUCUAGUGUGUAUCGGGUUGAUACGGCGGGGGGGUCGCCGCCUGAGACGUGCGAGGGCAUGGAGAGCAGCUUUACGGUUGAGUAUGCGGCGAAUUAUUAUAUUUAUGGGGUGUAG